CACGACGCACAAAACGAUCCGCCAUUUUUGAUUUUUUUUGCCAAAUAAGAGAGUAUAGAGAUAGUGUACAAAGAAGAAGGAGACGAAGAAGAGUCAUGCAUAACGCAAACGGAUUCUUGACGAGAGUCGUUCGAGAUAAGCAGCUAUGGAGAUUCGGUUACCGGAGGAGCUUCUGCUCGCUCAAGGUCACCCCGGAUGAUCUCGAUAACCAGGUUCUCUUUGAAGGAAGCGGCUGUUCCCGUGCUGCGAUUCUCAAUCGGCCACCUGCUCUUAACGCGCUCACCACUCACAUGGGAGUUAGGUUGCAUAAGCUUUAUAAGAAUUGGGAAGAGGAUCCUAAUAUCGGGUUCGUGAUGAUGAAGGGGAGUGGAAGGGCGUUUUGUGCCGGUGGAGAUAUUGUGUCUAUCUACCAUUUAAGAAAGAGAGGUAGCCCGGAUGCUAUUAGGGAGUUCUUCUGGACUUUGUAUAAUUUUAUCUACUUUCUAGGCACAUAUCUGAAGCCACAUGUGGCAAUUCUUAAUGGUGUUACCAUGGGAGGCGGAGCUGGAGUUUCGAUACCUGGGACAUUUCGUGUAGCUACUGAUAGAACUAUUUUUGCUACACCUGAAACAGUCAUUGGUUUUCAUCCUGAUGCUGGCGCUUCUUUUAAUCUCUCCCACUUACCUGGUCGCUUAGGGGAGUAUCUGGGUCUUACUGGGUUAAAGAUCAGUGGCGCAGAAAUGUUGGCAUGUGGCCUCGCGACACAUUAUAUUAGUAGUACGGAGGUUCCUAUAUUGGAACAACAGCUCAAGAAGCUCCUCACCGAUGAUCCUUCUGUUGUUGAAGCAACCUUAGAAAAAUGUGCAGAAGCUGCCCAUCCAGAAAAGACUGGUGUUAUUCGCAGGAUCGAGUUACUUGAAAAAUGCUUCUGUCAUGACACAGUGGAAGAAAUUAUUGACUCUUUGGAAGUCGAGGCUGGUCGAACAAAGGACAUAUGGUGCACUACGACUCUACGUAGGCUUAAGGAAACCUCGCCGUUGUCCUUGAAGGUCGCAUUGAGAUCUGUUCGAGAAGGAAGAUUUCAAACACUUGAUCAAUGCUUGAUUCGCGAGUAUAGAAUGUCGCUACAAGGAACAAUUGGGAACUUUUCCGGUAAUUUUUGUGAGGGAGUACGAGCUCGAUUGAUAGACAAGGACGACGCACCAAAGUGGGAUCCCCCAACCUUGGAGAAAGUUACAGAGGACAUGGUUGAUGAUUAUUUCUCUUCCUUGACUCCCUCUGAACCUGAUCUUGACCUUCCUAUCAAACUCAGAGAAAGCAUUUAGAUUACUUCAGAUUGCUGUCAACUUCUUCUCAUGUUUCAAGACAAUGAAAGAGGGGGAGGGGGGCUCAUCUACUUUGAUAUUUAAAAAAUAAUACCAAUUGUUGUAUUAAGAUUUCAUACGUUUUGGCUAAUUGAGUUAUAAAAUUAUUAACACGAUUAAGCAUAGAUUAAGCAUUCUUUCAUUUUUAAACGAAUAGAGAGUGGUGUAUGUAAUUCAAAAAUAAGAAACAAAUAACUAUAUAAUGAAGUUCUAAACACA